GCAGGGGGCAUGCCGGGAGUUGUAGUGAGUGGGCGCUUCCCUACUACUACUUGUCCCUUCCACUGGGCAUUCCCACUUGGAAGAGUGUGAUGCGCUGCCAGAGCAGUUUCUCUAGUUCCGUACUCGGAGCUCAAGGUGACAGAGGACUGCGCUUCCAGCCCUGCGCUGCGCAUCGCGUCGGUCCCGUGGACCUUUGCCCCGCCUCCUUCCACACCCGUUCCCUUGACAGCUGGGCUGCGCUCCGGGCCGCGGCAAGCCGCGAGCGCGCAGGCGCAGCAGCCCCGCGCCGCGCUAGGCAGGCCUGGAGGGCGGGACAAGCGCUAGGAGCUCCCGGCCGGGGGCGCGCACGUAGGCACGCAGAGGCCGUCACGUGGGUCGCCGAGGAUCGCAGUGCGCGUGGCCGUGGCGGCUGGUGUGGGGUUGAGUCAGUUGUGGGGCCCGGAGCUGCUGACCCAGCGGGUGGCCCACCGAACCGGUGACACAGCGGCAGGCGUUAGGGCUCGGGAGCCGCGAGCCUGGCCUCGUCCUAGAGCUCGGCCGAGCCGUCGCCGCCGUCGUCCCCCGCCCCCAGUCAGCAAACCGCCGCCGCGGGCGCGCCCCCGCUCUGCGCUGUCUCUCCGAUGGCGUCCGCCUCAGGGGCCAUGGCGAAGCACGAGCAGAUCCUGGUCCUCGAUCCGCCCACAGACCUCAAAUUCAAAGGCCCCUUCACAGAUGUAGUCACUACAAAUCUUAAAUUGCGAAAUCCAUCGGAUAGAAAAGUGUGUUUCAAAGUGAAGACUACAGCACCUCGCCGGUACUGUGUGAGGCCCAACAGUGGAAUUAUUGACCCAGGGUCAACUGUGACUGUUUCAGUAAUGCUACAGCCCUUUGACUAUGAUCCGAAUGAAAAGAGUAAACACAAGUUUAUGGUACAGACAAUUUUUGCUCCACCAAACACUUCAGAUAUGGAAGCUGUGUGGAAAGAGGCAAAACCUGAUGAAUUAAUGGAUUCCAAAUUGAGAUGUGUAUUUGAAAUGCCCAAUGAAAAUGAUAAAUUGAAUGACAUGGAACCUAGCAAAGCUGUUCCACUGAAUGCAUCUAAGCAAGAUGGACCUAUGCCAAAACCACACAGUGUUUCACUUAAUGAUACCGAAACAAGGAAACUAAUGGAAGAGUGUAAAAGACUUCAGGGAGAAAUGAUGAAGCUAUCAGAAGAAAAUCGGCACCUGAGAGAUGAAGGUUUAAGGCUCAGAAAGGUAGCACAUUCGGAUAAACCUGGAUCAACCUCAACUGCAUCCUUCAGAGAUAAUGUCACCAGUCCUCUUCCUUCACUUCUUGUUGUAAUUGCAGCCAUUUUCAUUGGAUUCUUUCUAGGGAAAUUCAUCUUGUAGAGUGAAGCAUGCAGAGUGCUGUUUCUUUUUUUUUUUUCUCUUGACCAGAAAAAGAUUUGUUUACCUACCAUUUCAUUGGUAGUAUGGCCCACGGUGACCAUUUUUUUGUGUGUACAGCGUCAUAUAGGCUUUGCCUUUAAUGAUCUCUUACGGUUAGAAAACACAAUAAAAACAAACUGUUCGGCUACUGGACAGGUUGUAUAUUACCAGAUCAUCACUAGCAGAUGUCAGUUGCACAUUGAGUCCUUUAUGAAAUUCAUAAAUAAAGAAUUGUUCUUUCUUUGUGGUUUUAAUAAGAGUUCAAGAAUUGUUCAGAGUCUUGUAAAUGUUAUUUUAAUAAUCCCUUUAAAUUUUAUCUGUUGCUGUUACCUCUUGAAAUAUGAUUUAUUUAGAUUGCUAAUCCCACUCAUUCAGGAAAUGCCAAGAGGUAUUCCUUGGGGAAAUGGUGCCUCUUACAGUGUAAAUUUUUCCUCCUUUACCUUUGCUAAUAUCAUGGCAGAAUUUUUCUUAUCCCUUGUGAGGCAGUUGUUGACUGAGUUUUUCAUCCUUACAAUCCUGUCCCAUGGUAUUUAACAUAAAAAAAAAAUAAAACUGUUAACAGAUUCUUGCUCGAUA